CUCGGGUCGAAUCGGAUCCAAUACGGGUCGAGUCGAGUCGGGUCGGGUCAGAGCAAAAUUGAAAAAAUCCUCUUUACCGAAUUUUAUCCGGCGAAUUGCGGAUUCAGCUAUUUGAGCAAAAUUGAAAAUCGCUCUGAAACCAAAAAUGGAGAAUCCGUCAUCAUCGGAAACUUCCGAGAUUUCCUCCGUCGUUCAUCCCAAUGACGGCGUUCAUCCCAAUGACGGCGUUCAUCCCAAUGACGGCGUUCAACGCCAGGAUCACGCCGUCCUUCCCGAAGUUCUUGAGCAUCCUGGAGCUGAGCAGAUAGCAGAUAUGUCUGAGGAAGAAGUAAAGCGCACAUUAGAAGCUGUAGCAUCUACUGGGAAGUUCUGGCAGGACUGGGAGAUACUAAAGGGAACGCUAUCGUACUGGUUGAAGAAGGUUCUAUCGGAAUAUUCUGAGGCAAAAAUGACGGAUGAGCAACAAAAGGAAGCUCUUGGAGAACCAUAUUCAGAGCUGGUUAGUCGAUUGGAUGAAGCCCUUCUUAGAUUCGAUGAUGGACCUCCAUUUACAUUGCAGAGACUCUGUGAGAUCCUUUUGGCUGCAAGGAGCAUCUACCCAAAGCUCUCAAAACUCGCUCUUGCAUUAGAAAAGAAUCUGUUGGUUACUUCUAUGUUAGCCAUCAGUACAGAGCCACAAUCACAAACCACUGAGGAUCCAAACACAGCAACCUCAGAGACAAUAACAUCUGCUGCAAGUUGCGAUCCAAAUGUAAUUGAGUCAAUGGGAGGCGAUAAGGAUGAGAUAAUGACAGAGGUAGAAGAAGCAGAUGUUGAUGACGCAAUGACUGUUGACAUGGAAACAAUCGAUGAACCAUCAGAGACAAUGACGACCACGAGUGAGAGUGAGACUCUAAGCGAAAACACUGCUGCACAACCAUUAUCGGAUUCAAUGGUGGCAGAGGAAGGAGAUUCACGGUUGCCUACAACGUGUGCCUAGAGAGUCAAAGUUUGAACAUUAUCAGCUUUGAAAACUGAUCUGGAAUAUAAUGCUUGUUCUAGGAUCUUGAUCUUGCACUAUAUUAGUCUUAAGAAUAUUCUUGUUUUUGUGGAAUUUCUGGUUUAUCAGUAAAACGCAUUUAUCCUACUGACCAGCACAAAGAAAGAAGAAGUAAAUUCCCUAGAUAAAAGAGAAAAAUUAAACAAC